AUGGAGCCGGAGCCAGUGGAAGACUGUGUGCAGAGCACGCUCGCCGCCCUAUACCCGCCCUUUGAGGCAACAGCCCCCACGCUGUUGGGCCAGGUGUUCCAGGUGGUGGAAAGGACUUAUCGGGAGGAUGCACUGAGGUACACCCUGGACUUCCUGGUGCCCGCCAAGCAUCUGCUUGCCAAGGUCCAACAAGAAGCCUGUGCCCAGUACAGCGGCUUCCUCUUCUUCCAUGAGGGCUGGCCCCUCUGCUUGCAUGAGCAGGUGGUGGUACAGCUGGCAGCCCUUCCCUGGCAGCUGCUGUGCCCGGGGGACUUCUACCUGCAAGUGGUGCCCUCCGCAGCCCAGGCGCCCCGCCUGGUGCUGAAGUGCCUGGCCCCGGGAGGUGGACGUGUCCAGGAGCUGCCUGUGCCCAAUGAGGCGAGUGCCUACCUGUUCACACCUGAGUGGCUACAAGGCAUCAAUAAGGACCGGCCCACAAGUCGCCUCAGCACCUGCCUGCUCUCUGCGCCCUCUGGGAUUCAGCGGCUGCCCUGGGCUGAGCUCAUCUGCCCCCGAUUUGUGCACAAAGGAAACCUCAUGGUAGGACAUCGGCCAAGCACGCUGCCCCCGGAACUGCCCUCCGGACCCCCAGGGCUCCCCAGCCCUCCGCUCCCUGAGGACUCCCUGGGCACCAGGAGUCCCGGGGAUGGGCACAACGCCCCUGCCGAAGGACCGGAGGGCGAGUACGUGGAGCUACUGGAGGUGACCCUGCCCAUGAGAGGCAGCCCCACGGAUGCUGAGGGCUCCUCGGGCCUCUCCAGGACCCGGACAGUUCCCACCCGAAAGGGCGCCGGAGGGAAGGGCCGGCACCGGAGACACCGAGCAUGGGUGCACCAGAAGGGCGUGGGGCCUCCAGACCAGGAUGGGGCACGCCCACCAGGUGAGGGGAGCAGCAGCGGGGCUUCCUCUGGGUCUCCCCCUGAAGCUGAAUCUCCCCCAGAGGCAGCAGCCCAGGAGGCAGCUGAGCCCCCAGCAGAGGCUCUGGGGGAAGCCUCUGAAAUUUGCCUCCUGAGGCCAGGGGAGAUUGGGGGAGGACUAGGCCCGGGAGCUGAAGGACCGCCCGGCACCCCUCGGAGAGCAGGCAAAGGAAACAGGAGGAAGAAGCGAGCUGCAGGAAGAGGGGCUCUUAGCCGAGGAGCGGACAGUGUUCCUGUCCCGCUAAACCCUGGGGACAAGGAAGAGACCAGCCAACAAGAAGCCCCUGCUAAUCUGCCGUCAUCAAAUGAGCAUGAGCUUCCAGGAGGCAGCCUGACUAAAGAGGAGCUCGAAGGUUCGGAGAAGCCCGAGUCUGAGCUGAGAGAGGAGCUCAUACCAGCAGACGAAAAGGAGCCACAGCCCUCAGAAGCCUGUGGGCCUAGAGAAGAGAAGGCCCCUGAGAGAGAGCAGAAGGGCCCGAGUCUGAUGUGCAUGGCAGGACCCACAGAACCUGAGGAGCUCCCCUCUGACCCUCCCCUGCCACCUCUGGAGCCUAUACAGGAAGUGAAAGGGGAUAGGAUCCCGGAAGAGGCACCUGCAGUUUCCAUCUCUGACGACCCUGACAUACCUUGGGACUUGAUGGCAUCUGGAUUCCUCGUCCUGACUGGAGGGAUUGACCAUAGUGGGCGAGCCCUGCUGACCAUCACCCCGCCGUGCCCUCCUGUGGAGCCCCUACCCUCCCAGAGCAUGCUGAGCACUGCUCUUCAUUACCUGCACUCAUUGCUCAGGCCUGAUCUACAGACACUGGGGCUGUCCGUCCUGCUAGACCUUCGCAAGGCACCACCCCUGCCUCCAGCACUCAUUCCUGUCCUCAGUCAACUUCAGGACUCAGGAGACCCCCGCCUCAUUCAGCGACUGCUGCUUCUCAGUCAUAACGACCCUCCGGCUGAGCCCCAUGGAUUACAGGGUGCUGAGUUGCUGUCAGAGAAUGAUCUGAAAAGAGUGGCCAAGCCAGAGGAGCUGCAGUGGGACUUGGGAGGUCACAGGGAGCCCUCUCCCAGCCACUGGGUAGAGACACACCAGGAAGUGGCAAGGCUGUGUCGGCUGUGCCAGGGUGUGCUGGGCUCUGUACGGCAAGCCAUUGCGGAGCUGGAGGGAGCGGCAGAGCCAGAGGGAGAGGAGACGGUAGGAAUGCCCGAGCCCCUACAGAAGGUGCUGGCAGAUCCCCGGCUGACGGAACUGCAGAGGGAUGGGGGUGCCAUCCUGAUGAGGCUGCGCUCCACCCACAGCAGCAAGCUGGAAGGCCCGGGCCCAGCUACACUGUAUCAGGAGGUGGACGAAGCCAUUCACCAGCUUGUGUGCCUGUCCAACCUGCAUGUGCAGCAGAAGGAGCAGCGGCAGCGCCUGCACCGACUCCAGCAGGUGCUGCAGUGGCUCUCGGGUCCAGGGGAGGAGCAGCUGGCAAGCUUCGCUGCGCCCGGGGACUGCCUGUCUGCCCUGCAGGACACGGAGCUCCGAUUCCAGGCUUUCAGUGCUGAGGUUCAGGAGCGCCUGGCCCAGGCACGCGACGCCCUCGCCCUGGAAGAGGACGCUGCCUCCCAGAAGGUUCUGGACGUCUUUGAACAGCGGCUGGAGCAGGUUGAGAGUGGCCUCCACCGGGCCCUGCGGCUACAGCGCUUCUUCCAGCAGGCACAUGAGUGGGUUGAUGAAGGCUCCGCCAGGCUGGCAGGUGCGGGGCCGGGGCGGGAGGCGGUGCUGGCCGCCCUGGCCCUGCGGCGAGCCCCGGAGCCCAGCACCGGCACCUUCCAGGAGAUGCGGGCCCUGGCCCUGGACCUGGGUAGCCCCGCAGCCUUGAGAGAAUGGGGCCGCUGCCGGGCCCGCUGCCAGGAGCUGGAGAGGAGGAUCCAGCAGCAGCUGGGAGAGGAGGCCAGUCCACGAGGCCCCCGGCGGCGGCGGGCAGACAGUGCCAGCAGCGGAGGGGCCCAGCGGGGCCCCCACAGCCCCUCCCCCAGCCUCAGCUCCCUGCUGCUCCCCGGCAGCCCCGGGCCGCUAGCAGCCCCAUCCCACUGCUCCCUGGCUCCCUGUGGGGAGGACUGUGAGGAGGAGGGCCCUGGACUGGCUCCAGAAGCAGAGGGCAGACCGCCGAGGACUGUGCUGAUCCGAGGCCUGGAGGUCACCAGUACCGAGGUGGUGGACAGGACGUGCUCACCCCGGGAACACGUGCUGCUGAGCCGGUCCGGGGGCCCAGAUGGGCCCUGGGGAGUAGGCACCCCCCGGAUGGAGCGCAAGCGAAGCAUCAGUGCCCAGCAGCGCCUGGUGUCUGAGCUGAUUGCCUGUGAGCAGGAAUAUGUGGCCGCUCUGAGCGAACCAGUGCCGCCUCCUGCGUCUGAGCUGACCCCCGACCUCCGGGGCACCUGGGCUGCGGCCCUGAGCGUCCGGGAGAGGCUCCGCAGCUUCCAUCGGACACACUUCCUGCGGGAGCUUCAGGGCUGUGCCGCCCACCCCCUGCGCAUCGGGGCCUGCUUCCUUCGCCACGGGGACCAGUUCAGCCUUUACGCUCAGUACGUGAAGCACCGACACAAACUGGAGAACACUCUGGCUGCACUCGGCCCAUCGACCAAGGGCUCCACAGAGGGUGCUCCUCACCUGCCCAGGGCCCUGCAGCAGCCGCUGGAACAGCUGGCCCGGUACGGGCGGCUCCUGGAGGAGCUCCUGAGGGAAGCGGGGCCUGAGCUGAGUUCCGAGCGCCAGGCCCUCGGGGCCGCAGUGCAGCUGCUUCGGGACCAGGAGGCCCGGGGCCGAGACCUGCUGGCUGUGGAGGCGGUGCGUGGCUGUGAGACAGACCUGAAGGAACAGGGACAGCUCCUGCACCGGGACCCCUUCACCGUCAUCUGUGGCCGGAAGAAGUGCCUUCGCCAUGUCUUUCUCUUUGAGCAUCUCCUCCUGUUCAGCAAGCUCAAGGGCUCUGAAGGGGGGUCUGAGACCUUUGUUUACAAGCAGGCCUUUAAGACUGCUGACAUGGGGCUAACGGAGAACAUCGGGGACAGUGGGCUCUGCUUUGAGCUGUGGUUUCGACGGCGGCGGGCACGAGAGGCGUACACUCUGCAGGCAGCUUCCCCCGAGAUCAAACUCAAGUGGACAAGUUCUAUCGCUCAGCUGCUGUGGAGACAGGCGGCCCAUAACAAGGAGCUCCGAGUGCAGCAGAUGGUCUCGAUGGGCAUUGGGAAUAAGCCCUUUCUGGACAUCAAGGCUCUUGGGGAGCGGACGCUGAGUGCCCUGCUCACUGGAAGAGCCGCCAGGACUCGGGCCUCUGUGGCCGUGUCAUCCUUUGAGCAUGCCGGCCCCUCCCUUCCGGGCCUCUCACCGGGAGCCUGCUCCCUGCCUGCCCGCGUCGAGGAGGAGGCCUGGGAUCUGGACGUCAAGCACAUUUCCCUGGCCCCAGAAACACUUGACUCUUCCGGAGAUGCGUCCCCAGGACCAAGAAACAGCCCCAGCCUGCAACCCCCCCACCCUAGGAGCAGCACUCCCACUCUGGCCACUGGAGGGAUCUUGGGGCUAUCCCGGCAGAGUCAUGCCCGAGCCCUGAGUGACCCCACCACGCCUCUGUGA